GCAUCAACUACUAAUAAACAGCGCACUAUUUGUAAUCAAAACAAAUCUUUGCAUAGUGGUCAAAAUUCUGAUACCUCCUCUUCACCUAGUAGUCAAAAGAAACAGCCCAGUGGUCUUUCUAUUUCUACAACUCAGCUAAAUCAUUCGGAUGGAACAGUAGAUGAUAUUUCUUCAAGUGAUGGAAUUACUGUAAAAAAUACAACCUCUAGUGCAAGCUCUGACAAAGAAAGUUUUUCUAAAGGUUCUGAUGUGAAAAAUGCUCAAUCACCUACACCAUCUGUUGUUCUGAGUUCUGCUAACAGCUCAAAUCUUUCUUUUAACAAUUCGCAUAGUUCUAAAGAAGACUCAUGUGAGAAAACAGUUGACAAUCAAUCAGUCGCAGAUGGUCCAUGUAAUGCAUCACCUGGUUCAGCUAGCUUAGAAAGUUCCUUGUUUCCUGAUAACUUAAGCAGAUCAUCAGAAUCUGGGAAGUCUGUUGAUAUAGGCCUUCAGAAAACACCUGAAACACAUGCUUCAAAGUCAGAUGUCAGUAGAUCUGAAAAAGCGCGAAGCAUUGAAAAGAAAGAAAAGAAGAAAUCAUCAUGGUACAGUAUGUUAAAUCCUACGUACAAGUCUAAGAGUGAUGAUUUUAAAAGACUUUUUAAAAACCUUGUUCCUGAUACAGAGCGUUUGAUUGUUGAUUAUUCAUGUGCACUUCAAAAGGAUAUUUUAGUACAAGGGAGACUGUAUGUUUCAUUGAAUUAUUUGUGCUUUUAUGCCAAUAUUUUUCGUUGGGAAACCUUCGUUGUGAUACGUUGCCGAGAUAUCACUAGCAUGACCAAAGAAAAAACUGCAAGAGUUAUACCUAAUGCAAUACAAAUCACGACUGUCACAGAGAAGCAUUUUUUUACAUCUUUUGGUGCUAGAGAUAAAACGUUUCUUAUGCUUUUUCGAAUUUGGCAAAGAGCAUUAAUAGAGCAACCCAUGUCUUCGCAAGACUUAUGGCAGUGGGUGCACUAUAGCUAUGGUGAGGAACUGGGUUUGACUAGUGAUGAUGAUGAUUAUGUUGCUCCUCUAGAUGAAGAAAUGAAAAGCAAUAAGCAUUCCGACCAAAGUAUUAUAAAAUAUAUUGAGAAACAAUAUGAGAAAGGUGAUACUUCUAUUCAAGAAAGUGUUAGUGACCUAUUGAUUGAAGAUGACAAUUCAGAAUCAGCAACUGGUGCCAAUGAAAGUUGUGAUGCCCCAUUAAUGGAGGACAUAAAUGAAGAAGAAUCUGGUCAAAAACCUAUUGAAGAAGGAAGAACUAUCAUGAAUCAAAAAUCUUCUGAAUACCCCACUGACUUAAGUGAUACUACAGAAAGUGCAGAAGACCUAGAAGAAAUGGAAAUUAAGUGUCCUUGUCCAAGCCAUGAAGGAAAAGAAGUUUUGAAUGAAGUAUUUCCCAUUCCUAUUGACCAAAUCUUUUCACUUAUUUUCUCUGGGUGCAAGUUUUAUUAUAAUUUGUUAGAAUCCCGAAAAACAUACGGAAUAAGUGAGAGCCCUUGGCAGCAUUGUCCAGAAUCUGAUUUGAAGACGAGACAAGUUGCAUACACCAUUACUUUAAACCAUUCUAUGGCAAAAAGUGCACAAACAACAGAAACACAAAAACUCCUGAAACAUAGCAAGCCUGGUCAAGUUUAUACAGUAGAUUGUGAUGUUGUAAAUACUGGAAUUCCAUAUAGUGAUGCAUUUACAGUAAAGUCUGUUUAUUGCUUAACAAGAGUUUCAAAAAAAGAAUGCCGGUUAAGAGUAUCAGGAUGUGUUAAGUAUAAAAAGUCUGUGUGGGGAAUAGUGAAAUCUUUAAUAGAAAAAAGUGCAAUGCAAGGCUUAGCUGAUUUUGCAACCGACUUAGCAAGUGCGCUCAAUAAAGAGGCAGAAGUAUCUAGUCAACAGAGCUUAAAUAAAAAACCUCGUAGACGAAAGAGGAUGAAAUUUGAUUCGAUUAAGUGUGAACCUUUAAAAGAUGUGUCAAGAACAUUACAAAGACCAGCAAUCAUAAGAAACAUAGGACCAUCCUUUUCGGGCAUUGAUUUAGCAUCUUUGGGAUCAACGCCAGACAUUGUUAUACGUGUAAUAUUAAUAACGUUAGUAAUUCUUGUCUUUCUAAAUAUGUUGUUGUUCUACAAACUGUGGUCUUUGGAAGAUCAAAGUUCAAAAUCGUCCCCUCCUGUAUGGGAAUAUUCAGAUAGUCAGUCUUUAACGAAAGAAGAUUAUAUCCAUUUGCUCCACAAGCAAGAUGCUCUUCAUCGUGCAGAAACAGAGAGGUGGCGGGAUGCUCUAAGUGAAGUGAUUAAAUUAAUACAUUUAAUUGAGAAAUCCCUCUCAGAAUUAAAAAGCAGCAUUGAUACGUACAGUAGCACAUCUGUUCUCAAAGCCAUUGCACUUAGAAUGUCACAGCACUCUGAAGAUUCAGCACCAACUGACUCUGAAGAUAUUGUACAAAGUCAUUAAAGUUUCGUAAAAGUAAAUUUUAUGUAAUAUAUUGUUAUCCUGUAGGGAACAAAUUGUAUCUGUUGGCAUGGGUUGUAUCAACCAGUCAGUAUGUUGUUAUGUAUUAUAUAGACUAUUUAUAUAAAAAGGGUGUUUGGUUAAUAAAUCUGUUGAAUAUUUAAAAUACUGAAAAGUAUGUUGUGAUGCCGACGCUAUGCAAAUAAUAUUUUCUGUUCAUUCUGAUGAAUAUUUCUCACUUCAUAUGUUUAGAUUUAUACUUUAUUUUUUCAUGUACAGCACAGAUAUUUUUGUUUUUAAAGUCAAGAAAAACUCAGGUCGCUUGCCUGAUUUUACUGAACCAAAUCAAAUAAUUUGCAUCAUUUUUUAUAUAAAAAAACCCCUUGUGUUUUACUAUCCCGGUUAGAUUGACUAUAUUAUAAAUUUUUAAACCACUUCUAAAUCAAAAUCUGUUCUCUUCACUUGUACAUUUGUAAUAUUCUUUAAGUUAUUUUUUAAAAUAUUUUAUAGUAAUUUAAUUUCUGAUUUUUUUUAUCGCUACUGAACUAAAGGUUAGAGUUUUAUCAAAUUUAGU